CCCAGACAAAAUCCCUCUUCACUCACUCCUCACCAACCAUGGACUCAAACAGCACAAACUUCCAAUUCGGUCGUUGGUUGGCAACUCCACCACCGGGUGAAGAAGUCAUCAUUUCAGGAACUUCAGGCCGAUUCCCAGCCUCCAACAACGUCCAAGAAUUCCGCGACAAUCUUUUCAGCAAAAAAGACAUGAUGGACGAGAUUGACAAACGCUGGAAAGUCAACAAUAGCGAAAUCCCCUCAAAAGGGGGCCUCCUCCCUGACAUCACCAAAUUCGAUCCGGGAUUUUUCGGGAUUCACUAUCGCCAAGCCGAGAAUAUGGAACCAGCGAUGAGGAACUUUCUUGAAGUAGCGCUGGAGGCAAUCCUAGAUUCGGGAUUUCAUCCCAGGGAAUUGGAAGGGAGCAAAACGGGGGUUUUUGUGGGGUAUUCCUGGUCGGAUUUAGAAGCACCGUCUUUGAGCGAAGCUGGGAAGCCCCAGAUUUUCGGAAUGACAGGUUACAGCCGGAGUUUUUUUCCUCACCGGAUUAGUUACUAUUUGAAACUCAAAGGGCCUUCAGUGGUGGUCGACUCGGCUUGCAGUAGCUCGUUUAAUGGCCUUGAACAUGCCUUCAAGGCUAUAAGAACCGGGCAAUGUGAUAAUGCCCUAGUCGGCGGUUGUAACCUAACCCUACAUCCUGGUACCACUUUACAGUUUGCACGGUAUGGCCUUUUGAGUAAAGACUGCAUUUGCAAAGUGUUUGAUCAAGAUGCCAAUGGCUAUGUGCGCAGUGAAACAGUUGCUUGUGUUUUUUUGCAAAAGGCCAAAAAUGCCCGCCGGAUUUAUGCCCAAAUCGUGGGUGCAAAAAUCAACGACGAUGGCUUCAAGAGUGAAGGUUUAUCGUUCCCAUCGCACAAAAUGCAAGGCCAACUUUUGAAGGAAAUCUACAACGAGUGCGACAUAGCACCAUCCCGGAUCGCAUACAUGGAACUGCAUGGUACUGGUACCAAAGUGGGCGAUGGGCAAGAACUCCAAGCCGUCGACGAUGCAAUAGUGAACCAAAGGGACAAAACCUUGAUAAUAGGUUCCGUCAAGUCGAACAUUGGGCACGCGGAACCCGCCUCUGGCAUGUCCUCCCUCAUCAAGGUACUCAUCGCGAUGGAGGAGGGAAAAAUCGCACCAAACAUGAACCUGAACCAAAUCAAGGCCGGGUUCACGUCCCUCGAGCAAGGGAAAUUGAAGGUCGCGACCGAAAUAACCCCUUUGGAGGAUGAGGAACCCAUAGUGGGGAUAAGCAAUUUUGGGUUCGGGGGGAAUAACUGUCACGUGAUUUUGAAACGAGUGUCAAAAGUGAACCACAAGGUUCGAGAUGAGGUUCCAAGGUUGGUUUGUGUGAGUGGUCGGACUGUUGAAGCAGUUGAAGAGAUUUUAAAUGAUGUUAAAAGGAGAAAAUUCAACGUUGAAUUUGUUGCAAUGUUGCACCAACUUUUCAAAAAUCAAUUCACUACUCACUUGUACCGGGGGUUUACCCUUAUUACCAAAAAUGGUACUCUUGGUACUUCCAUUAGCCAAAUUGGGGUUGAACCAAGUGUUUUGGUUAAUUUCGGGGAGUUCCAAAAGAGUUACAAAGGAGUUUGUCAGUACUUUAUGUUGUUUCCGACAUUUAGGAGUACCAUGGAACGGAUUAGUGACAUUUUGGGGAGUGGUACCAAUCUUUAUGACAUUAUUUUGGGAGGGAGCACCAAGAAUGAUCUACUUGGGAGUGUUUGUACCCAAAUUGGGAUUAUUGACACUCUAAGGGACAUCCAAGUGGUACCAAAAGUCACAUGGGGGAACCCCAUUGGUAAACUAAUCUGUGCCUAUUAUCACAAAGUUGUGACACUUGAAGAAUUAAUUGAAAUGGUACUUAACAUAGAUUCCGAAAAUCACAAAUUUCAAAUUUUAACUGCAAGUACCAAAAUUGAAAUUUUGGAAAAUUUUGAAAAUUGUCACCACAUUUUGAAUGUCAGUGAUUGUGAUAAGACUCUCACUCAGGGUCUUGCAACGUUUUUAAAUUUCCUCGGCCGGUUGUACCAAAGUGGGUACGAUUUGGACUUGGCUAAACUCUACACUCCUGUUACAUUCCCUGUAAGUCGUGGUACUCCAAUGAUCUCACCUUUGGUCAAGUGGUACCAUGCCAAAGUUUGGCACAGUACUGCCUUCACAGCAUUUGCCAAAAAGACCGACAUGAAGUACGAUAUUGGGUUAAUGGAUGAGAAUAGUUACUUGGAAGGGCAUGUCAUCGAUGGUCGUAAUUUGUUCCCCGCCACUGGUUAUUUGAACAUAAUUUGGGAGAUAAUCGCCAAGGAGCGGUUUGUUCAACCGAUUCAUUUGCCUAUAGUUUUCCAAAAUUGUAAAUUUGUGAGAGCGACAACAAUGCCAAAAACCGGUUUUGUCACAUUUUCGGUCUCGAUUCAACGCAAAAAUGGGUUUUUUGAAAUUGUCGAAAAUGAUAGUAUUGUUAUGACAGGAGAGGUUUUGGUACCGGAUGAUAUAAAGUCGUACCAAAUUGAUUUACCCGAAUUGGAAAUUAAAAAUGAUCCAAAGGAGUUUUUGGACGAAUUUGAAGUUUAUAAAGAGUUGUAUUUGAGAGGUUAUAAUUACAGUGGGUUGUUUAAAGGCUUAGUUAAAUGUAAUAUUGAUGGGUCAGCUGGGUUAGUACGAUGGGACAAUAACUGGAUCAGUUUUAUGGAUAAAAUGCUUCAAAUUAAAAUUUUGCAACUCGAUUCAAGGCUUUUAUAUGUCCCGACUGGCAUCAAAAAAUUGUCAAUUGAUCCAAUCAAACAUCUAGAAAUUGUCGAAGAAACAAGGGAAAAUGUAAUUCCAGUCUAUUCCUACAAAAACAGUGAUGUUAUCAGAUGUGGGGGUAUUGAGAUUUUGGGUCUCCAAGCCAACGCCAUCUCCAAACGCAAGCCCCUCCUCGAGCCGGUUUUAGAAAAGAGCAUUUUCAUCCCCAACGAAACCACCCUCGACUUGCCCCAAUCAAUCCGAGUCAACACCCAAAUCAUCCUCGACGAAAGUCUCGAGAAAAACUUCACAGCUUUGGAAAUCCUCGACGAGUUUUCCGCCCCCGAAACGCCCCUCGUGAUGCCCUUGCUGUUCAACGCCCUUGAGGACAUCCCCCUAAUCCACCCAAAAUUGACAAUUUCGUCCAAAAACCCCCUGGAAAACAUCCCAGGGGUGAAAAUCGAAGCCACCACUUUAUCCUCCACUAGCAAUCUUCUCCUAGUCGUCGCCACGAAACUAUUCCAAAGAGCGACUCUUUUGAACCAAGUUUUGAGUGCUUUGAGCCAAAACGGUUUUGGUUUGAGUCGCGAAAACCGGGAUUUUGACCCGGAAAAUUGUGAGAAAAUCACGAUUCUGACACAGUUUGUGACCCCAAACGAGAAAAUAAUUUUAUUCAAGAAAACCGAACCGAAUUGUGACCCAAAAUUAAUCCAAGUGACCUCUGAUAACUUCGAUUGGGUACCACUAGUGAAAGAACAGUUGAAAACUGACUCUCGAGUGGUACUUUACAGUGAAAAGGGGGCCCUUGAGGGCAUUUUAGGUCUUGUCAAUUGCCUACGGAAGGAACCAGGCGGGGGCAAAAUCACUUGUUUUUCCAUAAUGGACGAAGUGGUACCAAAACUGGACCAACAAAUGGCCAAAAACAUGGCGUUUAAUGUUUACAAGAACCAAAAUUGGGGGACUUACCGACAUUUACACUUACCAAAUGCGGUGGAAAGUACCAAAGACCAUGCAUUUGUCAGUUUAUUAUCACGUGGGGAUUUAUCAAGUUUGCGAUGGGUGGAAGGACCAUUAUCAAAAACUGACCCAUGUGUCAGUGCCAACUAUUGUGCUAUCAAUUUCAAGGACAUUAUGACAGCAACUGGUCGUAUCGUAUUGGCCAUGGAACGGAUAAAACAAGACUCAAUUGAAGGACUUGAAUACAGUGGACGCGAUUCUAAUGGUACCAGAAUCAUGGGAAUGACAGACCAUCGAGCUAUGGGUACUUUAAUCAACCCAGAUUUACCCCUUUGUUGGAGAGUACCACCACAAUGGACACUUGAAGACGCAGCUACGGUACCAGUCGUCUACAGUACGGUCAUUUACGGUCUAUUAAUGCGUUCAAAUUUAAAACCCGGUACCUCGAUUCUAAUCCAUUCGGGUACUGGUGGUAUUGGACUUGCGGCCUUGAAUGUAACCCUUGCCCAUGGUUGUACCAUCUACGUCACAGUUGGUACCAAGGAAAAACGCGAUUUUCUUCGAAAAAACUAUCCGGAGAUUCCUGAGAACCACAUCGGGAACUCACGUGACUUAUCAUUUGAAGAAAUGAUUAAAACACACACUAGAGGUCGCGGUGUUGAUAUUGUUUUAAAUUCGUUGACUGAGGAGAAGUUGAGAGCUUCGGUGAGGUGUUUGGCUCGAGGUGGGAAAUUUAUGGAAAUUGGAAAAUUCGAUUUGAUUAAUAAUAAUUUCAUUGAUUUAUUACUACUGGAGAAAGGGGCCAGUUAUCAUGGGAUUAUGGUUGACACACUGUUUAAGGAAUCAGCGGAAGAUAAGAUGAAACUUAACCGAAUGGUUGAAGAAGGGAUUAGGAAAGGUUAUGUUAAACCGAUUCCGAGGACGGUUUUCGAAAGUGACAGUAUUGAGGCCGCCUUCCGGUAUAUGAUGACUGGGAAACACAUCGGGAAAGUUUUAGUCAAGAUUAGGGGAGAAAAUCAAGAGGAAACUUCAAUCAAGUGUUUACCCAAAUUCUGGGCUGAUCCGAAGAAAAGUUACAUAAUUCUUGGUGGUUUGGGGGGCUUUGGUUUAGAACUCGCCGAUUGGUUGGUCUUGAGAGGGGCCCGAAACCUCCUAUUGACAUCCAGGACCGGCAURCAAACCGGCUAUCAAACKCAACGAAUCAAAAUCUGGCAAUCAUACGGUGCUCGUAUCCACAUUUCCACAAUCKCAAUUUCUUCAAAAGAAGAUUGCGUCAAUUUAAUUGAAGAAGCGUCAAAAUUGGGUGUUGUUGACGCAAUUUUCAACCUUGCAGUUAUCCUGAAAGACGAACUUUUUGAAAAUCAAACUGAAGAAUCUUUCAGGAUUUCUCUAACACCCAAAGCUUUCGCCACGAAAUAUUUGGACGAAGUUUCACGAGAUUUGUGUCCAAAUUUGCGACAUUUUGUAGUUUUUUCAUCCGUUUCAUGCGGACGUGGAAACAUCGGACAAACMAAUUAUGGCAUGGCCAACUCGAUCAUGGAACGAAUUUGUGAAAAACGCAAAAGUGAGGGGUUCCCCGCUUUGGCCAUCCAAUGGGGAGCAAUCGGAGAUGUCGGUUUAGUUGCAAAAAUGCAGAAAGAUAACAAGGAAUUAGUGAUCGGUGGUACUCUUCAACAGAAAAUUUCAAGCUGUCUCAAUGUCUUGGACCGAUUAUUGAACCAAGAGGAACCAAUAGUGUCCUCAAUGGUGGUGGCAGAAAAACGCGAUAAGAGAAUCGGGGGUGAGAGUGCAGUCGAUGUCGUUGCCACUCUUCUAGGAAUCAAAGAUAUUAAAACUGUGAGUCAACAAUCAUCCCUUUCUGAACUCGGAAUGGACUCAAUGAUGGGCAACGAAGUAAUGCAAGUCUUAGAAAAAGAUUUCGAGAUUUAUGUCACACCGAAAGAUCUCAGAACUAUGACUUUUGCCAAAUUAAUUGAAUUAGAGGCUCAAAGAACGUCAAUCCACGACGAGAAAAGCAAACAAAAAAUGGAACAAGGCUCAAAUACCAUCAUCCAAUUCAUUCCAGAUGGAGAGUUUGAUCAAGAAAUUAUUAAAAUGGAAAGUGGGGCUAGUGAUCAGGAUCAAGUACCCACAAUUUUUGUUUUACCAGGAGUUGAAGGUGUUUUGAAAUUGUUGGAACCUUUAGUCAAAAACUUGAAAGCGAGGGUUUUCGGGGUGCAAUACGCGUACCAAAAACCGGAAGUUUCCAUUCCGGAAGUUGCCGAAAAUAUCCUUCCAAAAAUUGAGAAGUACAUCACAGAAGGGAAAUUCUUCUUGAUUGGGUACUCUUUCGGUGUGAUUGUGGCUCUGGAGCUCGCCUCGCGCCUCGAAGCCAAACACUACACCGGAACCAUUGUCGCCAUUGACGGUUCCCCCCACUACACCAAAUCCCUCCUCCAGCACUACAUUCCCGGGGAAACCCCCGCCGAAUUCGAAACCAUGAUCCUUGUUAACAUCCUCGCAAUUUUCCUCCCCCUCGAUCUCAUCGUAAAAAAUAAAGAAAAAUUGUUAAAUUGUCCAACUUUUGACGACCGAAUCGAAACGGUGCGUACUUUCGUCCCCGGGGAUUUACCCAAUUUACAAAAAAUGGACAAACAAGCCGCUUUCACAUUACGUGAACGAUUUCGAACCGUUUUAGAUUACAAAUCAAGUGGGCUAAAAUUACAAUCGACGAUCAAAUUGUACAAAGCUGAACAUCCACCUGUCACAAUAGCCAACUUGGAUGAAGAUUAUAAAUUAUCGGAAUUUUGCCAAAAUAAAGUCGAAGCGAUGACAAUCAAUGGAAAUCACAUCUCGAUGUUGGAACAAAAAGAAUUGGCCAAUGAUGUUAGUCAAUUUUUUGCACUAGACUUUUAAAUUGUCAAAAUUGUGGUGUCAGUUUAGUGAUAAUAAAAUUUUAAAAUGA